AUGCAAGGCUUCAAUAUGGGACGAUAUGUCCCAUCGGAUCAAGAAGGCAUCACGUCUGCAAACAAGUUGGCGGGCAAACAUCCCCUCGGUGCGCGCGCCCGUCAUCUACAAACUAAAGGCGCCCUCAUCGUCCGGUUCGAGAUGCCCUUCGCUGUAUGGUGUACCACGUGCAAGCCACACGAGACGAUAAUCGGCCAAGGCGUCCGAUUCAAUGCGGAAAAGAAGAAGAUCGGGAAUUACUAUUCAACACCAAUCUACAGCUUUCGCAUGAAGCAUACCAUCUGUGGAGGCUGGAUUGAAAUUCAUACCGAUCCCAAGAAUACAGCUUACGUGGUUGUCGAGGGUGGUCGAAAACGAGAUCUGGGAGAUGACAAGCCGGCUAUUCCAGGGGAAAUCAUUCUUCGUGGGCAUAUGCACGAUGCAGAGAAGAAGGAUGAAGACCCAUUUGCAAAGCUCGAAGGAAAGAUUGAAGACAAGCAACGUGCGCAAACGGAAUCGACUCGAAUAAUGGAGUUGCAGCAGCGACAAAGUCGGGACUGGGAAGAUCCCUACGAGAAGUCAAAACGGCUACGUCGCACGUUUCGCGCAGAGCGAAAAGGACUGGAACGACUGGAGGCUAAUCGAGAGGCUCUGAAGGAUAAAAUGAGUCUUGGAAUUGAUUUGGUUGAUGAGACAGCGGAGGACCGCCAAAGAGCUGGAAUGGUGGACUUUGGCGAUGGCACUUCACUUUCAGAGACGGGCCGAGCAACCCGAGUGCGCCCGAUGUUCGAACAUCAAAAAAAGAAACCUUCCUCAAGGAGCGAAAUACAAGCCAAGGAGCACAAAGAACUGCUCCGCAGCGAGUUGAAGGGCAAUACGCGUGUCGCAAUCGAUCCUUUCCUGAGAGACCUGGCUGAUGCCCAAGACAUAUGGAAGCCAGGUGUCAAGAGGAAAAAGACUCCUGUGAUUGCGUCGCCUCAGCCAACGCCACCGAGCUCAGCCAUCGUCGAGAAAGACAAUCAAGAGAAGAAGAGCAGGCUAGCUUCGGCUGAAAGGGACCCGGGGAGACCUGCUGAACAGCAACCCACACCCGUCCCGCUCACAUCAGCGCUAGUGGACUAUCAUUCUGAUACCGAAUGA